AUGUUAUUCCUUGCAGUGUUUAGUGUGAUAAUAUGUUUACAAGAUACUGUGCUGGCUGGGAACCCGAAGAAGCUGAUAUCCUAUUCGCUAGCAGAUAACAGACCCCUGAAAAAAGCUCUGGGAUACGACGAGGAUGUCUACUUCAAUUUUACUGAACUGUCAACAAAAUAUGGAUUCCUCUCCGAAGAACACAGUGUCACGACUGAAGAUGGAUACAUACUAGGCGUAUUCCGCAUACCGUCAACGUGCAACACCACUAAUGGAUACCCAGUUAUAUUAAUGCAUGGUCUACUGGAUAGUUCUGACGCUUGGAUAGUAGCUGGUCCCAAAGUCGGUCUAGGGUACAUCCUAUCAAGCAACUGCUAUGACGUUUGGGCAGCGAAUGGAAGAGGUACUGCGUACUCAAGGAACCACGUCAAACUAGAUCCUAAUAAGGAUGCGGAAUAUUGGAACUAUUCAUUCGAUGAAAAUGGAAAAUAUGAUCUCCCAGCCAUCGUCGAUUACGUGAUUAAUGCAACGGACAAACCUAAAGUGUACUAUGUUGGUCAUUCCCAAGGCACGACGGACUUUUACGUCAUGGGAGCACUUAGGCCAGAGUACAAUAAGAAAAUCCAUUUAUCUGUCAGCCUGGCUCCCAUAGCGUACAUGAAACAUAUGAAGAGUCUCCUAUUAUUAAUAAUCGCGCAGCAGACUGAUCUUCUGAAAGAUACGUUGGAUGAAAUCGGAUUUGCUGAGAUAUUCGGUAAACACCAGUUGAUACAUUCUAUUGUUGAAAAAGUCUGUCAGAUCGCACCAGAACCGAUAUGCGGUACUGCAUUGAGUAUUACGACUGGUUAUAAGCAUGAAAGUAUAUCAUCCAAGACUCUUUCCGUGGCGUUCGGCCAUCUCCUAGCCGGAAUUUCGAGCAAAACCUUAGCGCACUUCGGUCAGUUGAUAGUAUCGCAAAAAUUUCAGCGCUAUGACGAAGGUAAAGAGGGAAACAAGGUAAGGUACGGUGGGGUCAAACCACCAGAAUACAAUUUAACUCUCGUGACAUCGCCUUUGUUACUUGUGUGCGGUAAAAAUGAUUGGGUGUCGUCUUUGGAAGACGUAAAUGAGCUAAGUGCACGUUUGCCUAAUAUGGUUGAAGAGUAUGUAGUGCCAGAUCCUUCUUGGAGUCACAACAAUCAUUUGUGGGGCGUGAACGCGCCUAAAUACGUGUUCAGUAAGAUAUUGGCUUAUUUCAAAGAAUAUGAUUUAAGGUAA